UAUUAAAAGCUUUUAAACAGCUAGAACGAUAAAGAAUACUACUUGAAUGUCCAAAUAGUACAUUUGUUUAUUGCCUUUGGUCAUAUCUUUUUCAUUCAUAAAUGGAUGUUUUUCUUGUAAUAACUGGACUGACCACAAUGAGAAUAGAAGAAGGUAUGUGUUAGUAACUCUCUUCUUAUAGUACUUAUGUGGUAACUCAAAGGUCAUGGUUCCUGUACUGUGCCCGGCUUUUUAUCAUUUGUUUGUUUCCAAUGAUAACUUUUUUAAGGCAAUGUGUACAGUUGUUGUUGCUGUGAUUUGCAUUUUACAAACUUAUAUAGAUGGGAUAUAGAUUCCUUACACAACUUUGUGUUGUUGUGUCUGGUCAUAUCUGUGUCAUUCAUUCAUGGAUGUUUUUCUUUUUAAAUAAUUGGCCACAGUGAUAAAUUGAAAGAGUGUCUGUUAGUGUUUCUACAUUUUGAUUUUGCAGAUACUGAAAUGCAGGCCGGGUAUGAGUCAUUGGCAGGACAGGACACUACUACGGAAAUAGAAAUGUAUACAGAUUUAGAUACUGAAAUGCAGGGCGGGUACGAGUCAUUGGCAGGGCAGGGCACUACUACUGAAAUAGAAAUGUAUACAAAUUUAGAUGAUGAUAUGCAGGCAAGGUAUGAGUCAUUGGAAGGACAGGGUUCUACUACGGAAAAAGGAAUGUAUACAAAUUUAGAUACUGAAAUGCACCCCGGGUAUGAGUCAUUGGCAAGUCAGGGCUUUACUUCGGAAAUAGAAAUGUAUACAAAUUUAGAAGGCCCAACGUCCACAGAAUUACCUUCCGAGUAUGAAAAUUCAGAAUUGUAAAUUGGAUUUAUUUAGUCGACCGCAACAGAUACAGAAGUGGAAGAAGUAUAAUGUUUUAUAGAGAUUUUACAUCGGAUUAUUAGCAACAAAACGAAAAUAAAAAAGAUUUAGUGCUGUACCUGUGAUGCAGUGCAUGCGACAAAACAAA